AUGGCCAGCUCUGAUGGCCAUCACACGUACAUGGAAUUCCCAGCAUUCAGCCAGAGCCACAUCAUGCCGUGGAUUGCUGAAGAAGAUGCCAAGGUCUUCCCUAGCCAUCCCAGUGUGCCAGAGUGCUGUUCCCGCUUCGACAUGCUCCUGGCCGAAGACAAUGCCUGGCUGGUGCAGAGGACCGAGGCGACCACACCCCCCAUGAGGGAUGAAGGGCUGCCCCAUUGCAAGGAGGCAGGGCAGUGCCCAGUGAUUGACAGCAGAGGACGAGAGCCAUGCCCAGGCACGAAUGGGCAGGUGGAUAUGGAAGACAGAUGUCUGGAGCAGGUCCACACCCUUGUUGUAGAAGAGGUGCUGAAGGACAUUGAGACAGCAUGCAAACUGCUUAACAUCACUCCAGACCCUGCAGAGUGGAGUUCGGGACAUGUACAGAAAUGGCUCCUCUGGACAGAGCAUCUUUAUAGACUCCCACAUGUGGGACGGGCUUUCCAGGACCUCAGCGGCAGCGACCUGAGUAUGAUGACUGAGGACGAGUUUAGGCUGCGCUCUUCACAGUGUGGGGAUGUGCUCUAUGCUCACCUGGACAUUUGGAAGUCAGCUGCCUGGAUGAAAGAGCGAUGUUCUCCAGAAAAUAACAGCUUCCUUGGGCCCGACGAGCUGUGUGCUGAGGCAGACUCCUCCUGUACCGGCCAGCCCAUCCACCUGUGGCAGUUCCUUCGUGAACUGCUCCUGAAACCCCACAACUAUGGGCGCUCCAUCCGGUGGCUCAACAAAGAGAAGGGUAUAUUCAAAAUCGAGGACUCUGCCCAUGUGGCCAAACUGUGGGGGAUCAGGAAAAACCGACCCGCUAUGAACUAUGAUAAACUAAGCCGCUCCAUCCGGCAGUACUACAAGAAGGGCAUCAUCAAAAAGCCGGACGUAUCCCAGCGACUGGUCUACCAGUUUGUCCAUCCUGUAUGA